AUGGUGUGCAAGUUACAAACUUAACUAGUAAACAGUAACUCCCCCUCUUCCUCCAAAUCUAAUCUACCUCUGCUUCCGCUUCCUCUCUCCAAAUGAGAACUGAAAGACAACAACUUUAACAUGUCUGGGAGUUACAGAGAUCUAGAAGCUGGUGGGGCUAACAAGAACAACAUGGCACCGAUACGGAAUUCCAACAGGAAUUACUACUAUGCUGCUCCUACUACUUCUACUACUGCUUCUCAUCUUUAUCAUUCAGAAACCACUUGGACAUCCUGGCUUGUUCCUAUGUUUGUUCUUGCCAAUUCUGUUGUUUUCAUUGUCGCUAUGUACAUCAAUGAUUGUCCCAACAAAAAUUCUGGUAUUCGGGUUCGGGGUCAUUGUGUGGCUACAUUUCUCGGUAGAUUCUCCUUUCAGCCUCUCUCUGAGAAUCCAUUGUUUGGACCUUCUUCCAUAACGUUGACUAAGAUGGGAGCCCUUCAAUGGGAUAGUGUUGUUAAUCAUCAUCAGGGAUGGAGACUUAUCACUUGCAUUUGGUUACAUGCCGGAGUUGUUCAUUUGGCAGCAAACAUGUUGAGCUUGGUCUUUAUCGGCAUUCGUCUCGAACAACAAUUCGGGUUUGUGAGGAUAGGAAUCAUUUACCUGUUGUCUGGAUUUGGUGGGAGUGUGCUCUCGUCUCUAUUUAUUAGAAACAAUAUCUCUGUUGGUGCUUCUGGUGCUCUUUUUGGACUUCUAGGAGCAAUGCUUUCGGAACUUAUUACUAACUGGACUAUUUAUACCAACAAGGCUGCUGCAUUACUCUCACUUUUGGUCAUUAUUGUCAUCAAUCUUGCCAUUGGCAUUUUGCCCCAUGUUGAUAAUUUUGCUCACAUUGGGGGAUUCCUAACAGGAUUUCUCCUUGGCUUUAUCUUUCUUCCUCGUCCUCAAUACGGUUGGCUAGAGCAGCAGCGUCUUCCUUCUGGUGUUCGCUUCAAGUCAAAAUACAAGGCUUACCAAUAUGCUCUAUGGCUUAUCUCUCUUGUUCUAUUGAUUGUUGGGUUAUUGAUUGCUUUGGUGAUGCUAUUCCGGGGUGACAAUGGCUAUGAUCAUUGCCAUUGGUGUCACUAUCUAACAUGUGUUCCAACUUCUAAAUGGAAAUGCAAUGACAGUUAAUAAUGAAGGUUUGAAGGGGGCAUGAUCCUGUUUCUGUUCUUUUAUGUAUAGUUAUAUUAAUAGCUUGGGAAAUUCGUUUAUUUUAUUUUCUUUGCUAAUGUCUUUAAAAAUUGACUAAUGGUUUGACUAUGUGGACUUAUGAAUACUUCUACUCUUCUAUUUUAUAUGCAAAGAAAUUUAUUUGUACAUGAA